AUGAAAAGGGAUGGUGAUUUGCAUAUAAACGGAAGUGCCAAAAGGUCUAAAAUAGAUCUAGAAUCGAUAGCCGGCGCAGAUGUGGUUGAUGUGGAAGAAGAAGACAUCGUUUUCGAAUCCGAUAUGUCAGACGCUGCUAGCCCAGCAGUGUUUGAUGUCGCAGUAUCCAAUAGUAAUCAGUGGCAAGAGACUAUCAAAAAGGUAGUGAACUCGGUUGUAUCUAUACAGUUUUCACACGUUGCGCCAUUCGAUACAGAGACAGCGAUUGUUAGUGAGGCAACAGGGUUUGUUGUGGAUGCUGAAAGAGGUUUGAUUUUGACGAAUAGGCAUGUGGUUGGACCAGGUCCGUUUACUGGAUAUGUAGUGUUCGAUAACCAUGAAUCAGUCGACGUUAAACCAAUAUAUAGAGAUCCGAUCCACGAUUUUGGGUUUCUACAAUUUGAUACAAAGGAAGUCAAGUACUUAGAAUUAACUCAACUUCAUUUAGAACCUACAUUAGCCAAAGUCGGUACAGAGAUUAGAGUCGUUGGUAAUGACAAUGGAGAAAAACUUUCGAUUCUCGCUGGUAUCAUUUCCAGAAUAGACAGGAACGCCCCCGACUAUGGGGCAUUGACUUAUAAUGAUUUCAACACUGAAUAUAUACAAGCAGCUGCAUCAGCAACAGGAGGAUCAUCAGGCUCUCCUGUAGUCAAUGAGGAUGGCAAAUGUGUUGCUUUGCAAGCUGGAGGCUCCACUGAAGCAUCAACAGAUUUUUUUUUGCCUGUAAAUAGACCAAAGAGAGCACUUCAAUGCAUACAGGACAACAAACCAAUCACUAGAGGAGAUAUACAAGUUGAGUGGGAGUUAAAACCAUUUAAUGAGUGUUCGAGAUUUGGAUUGACGGCAGAGGCCGAAGCGCUUGCUAGAAAGACAUUUCCUGAUAAAAUAGGGUUGUUGGUGGCAGAGUUGGUUUUACCUGAAGGUCCUGCUGAUGGGUUGAUUAAGGAAGGGGACACUUUGAUAUCUAUAAAUGGAGAGUAUAUAUCAACAUUUAUCAGAGUUGAUGAAAUACUAGAUGAGAAUGUGGGUAAGGAAUUGGAAUUUGUCGUGCAACGAAGCGGGAUUGAAAUGAAACAGCGCAUCAAAGUGGGCGAUCUUCACGCAAUAACACCAAACAGAUAUGUACAGGUUUCAGGUGCAUCCUUCAAUGACCUUUCGUACCAAGUUGCUCGAUGCUAUUGCUUACCCGUCCGAGGUUUAUAUGUGAAUGAUGGAGCCGGUUCAUUUGAAUUUUCAAAUCAAGAUCCAUUUGGAUAUUUAGUGGAGACGGUUGAUGACAAACAUGUUGGCAAUUUGGAUGAAUUUGUCGAGUUGAUGAAACAAUUACCCGACUGCUCAAGGGUACCGGUGACUUAUCGUCAUGUAUCUGAUAUGAAUGCCGAGUAUGUUCAAACUAUAUACAUAGACAGACAUUGGUAUACUUCAUUCAAAAUGGCCACAAGAAAUGACAAAACAGGGUUGUGGGAUUUCGUAUCAUUACAAGACAAGCCUUUACCACCAAUUGUACCAACUUCUCAAAAUGCCAAAUACGUUGAUAUACCAUUCAAUGAUCCUAGCAAGGAUGAGAUCUCCAAGUUGGUGCGGUCAUUUGUGCAAAUACGAACAUUGUGUCCUAGUGGCGUUGAUUCACACCCAUUUAAGAAAGAUAUAUGUUACGGUGUUGUUGUUGAUGCUGCAAAUGGAUACGUGUUGACGUCAAGGCGAUUUGUUCCACAUUAUAUGUGCGAUAUCUUUGUUGUGUUUGCAGAGUCGAUUGAUGUUGCUGGAGAGGUUGUGUUUUUGCAUCCACACCUAAACUAUGCUAUUAUCAAGUACGAUCCAAGUUUGAUACUAGCCGAUGUGCAAACGCCCAAGUUCUCAAAUACUCCUUUGAAGAGAGGUGAUGAUGUUUUCUUUGUCGGCUACAAUUACAAUUUGAGGUUGGUUACAGAUGACGUUAAAGUCAGCUCGAUUUCCUCGUUGAAUGUCACUGCAAAUACCAUGGCUCCACGUUAUAGAGGUACAAACUUGGAAUGUAUCUUAUUGGAUAGUAAGAUUACACAAGAAUGCGGGACGGGUAUACUAGUUGACCACGAUGGAACUGUACGAGCAUUUUGGUUGUCUUACUUAGGAGAGUCGAAUGAUGUGUCAUACAAAAUGGGAUUGGAUGUCACCGAUGUCAAGGACGUUAUCAAUCUGCUUAAAAAGAAUGAAGUACCAUUAGGUUUAAGAAUGUUGAGUGCUGAAUUUGCCUCCAUAACCGUUUUCCAAGGAAGAACUCGUGGUGUUCCUCAGGCUUGGAUUAGUAAAUUUGAGGAAAGAGCAGAAGAUCUGAUUAGGUUCUUAUCCGUUGAUAGGAUUGCUGCACCAAGCUUGACAGACAAACCCAAUCCUUUAAAAGUGGGGGAUAUUAUACUCUCGGUAAAUGACAGAUUGGUUAGAAGUUUAAGGGAUUUUGCUUCAAUGUACCACAAUGAAUAUCUUAAUUUCAAAAUUAUACGUCAAAAAAAGGAAUUGGAUUUGAAGGUUCCUACCAUAGAAACAGCCACAUUAGAUACAUCACAUGUCAUAUUUUGGUCAGGGGCCUUUUUACAAAAACCGCAUUAUGGGGUAAGACAAUUAAUGACAAAAAUCCCAUCAGAGGUUUUCGUUACUGAUAAAAGUUCAUGUGGUCCUGCACACCAAUACGGAAUCGUGCCCGUUAGUUUCAUCACCCAUGUGAAUGAUCAAGAGACUAAAGAUUUGACGGCAUUUAUCAAUGUAGUCAAGACCAUUCCUGAUAAAACAUACAUUAAACUCAGAAUAGUGUCAUUUGAUAAUAUACCAGCUGCAAUUUCAUUGAAAACGGAUUACCAUUACUUCCCAACAACCGAACUUAUAAGAGACACUACAACAGGCAAAUGGGAAACUAUAAAGCACGAACAAAUUAAAUCAUCUGAUUGA